CAGUUUUGGUGGUGGAGAUGGAGCAUAAGGACCUCCUACAAAGUCACAUAGUACUUGAUGGCCAAGCUGAGCACCUGGCUUCCAUUAGAAGAAGGCACGUUGCAUUGAAAGAUUCUGCAGCAAUACCUGCAAGAUACUUCCUUCCCUGCAUCACACCAAGCUCCCAGCUUCUGAUACAGGCUGGAGAGGAUGAGAAGAACCAGAGGACAGUCACCGUCAACCCUGCCCACAUGGGGAAGGCCUUCAAGGUCAUGAAUGAACUGCGGAGUAAGCAGCUGUUGUGUGAUGUGAUGAUUGUGGCAGAAGAUGUGGAGAUAGAAGCCCACCGUGUGGUCCUGGCAGCCUGCAGCCCUUACUUCUGUGCGAUGUUCACAGGUGACAUGUCUGAGAGUAAAGCCAAGAAGAUUGAAAUCAAAGAUGUGGAUGGGCAAACACUCAGUAAGCUGAUUGACUACAUCUACACUGCUGAAAUUGAGGUGACUGAAGAGAAUGUGCAGGUGCUGCUCCCAGCGGCCAGCUUGCUGCAGCUCAUGGAUGUCAGGCAGAACUGCUGUGACUUCUUGCAGUCUCAGUUGCAUCCCACCAAUUGCCUGGGCAUCCGCGCCUUUGCAGACGUGCACACCUGCACCGACCUUCUGCAGCAGGCCAAUGCCUAUGCAGAGCAGCACUUUCCAGAGGUGAUGCUGGGGGAAGAGUUUCUCAGCCUGAGUCUGGACCAGGUGUGCAGCUUGAUAUCCAGCGACAAGCUAACCGUUUCUUCGGAAGAGAAGGUGUUUGAAGCUGUCAUUUCGUGGAUCAAUUAUGAGAAAGAGACCCGUUUGGAGCACAUGGCAAAGCUGAUGGAACAUGUCCGACUCCCUCUUUUGCCUAGGGACUACUUAGUCCAGACGGUGGAAGAAGAAGCUUUGAUAAAGAAUAACAACACCUGUAAGGACUUCCUCAUUGAGGCCAUGAAAUACCAUCUGCUCCCUCUGGAUCAGAGGCUCUUAAUUAAGAACCCCAGGACCAAGCCCAGGACUCCAGUGAGCCUGCCCAAGGUCAUGAUUGUGGUUGGUGGCCAGGCACCCAAGGCCAUCCGCAGCGUGGAGUGCUAUGAUUUCGAGGAGGACCGGUGGGACCAGAUUGCUGAGCUUCCCUCCAGGAGAUGCAGAGCAGGUGUGGUGUUCAUGGCUGGCCACGUGUAUGCUGUUGGCGGGUUUAAUGGAUCACUACGUGUGAGGACAGUGGAUGUGUAUGAUGGUGUGAAGGACCAGUGGACGUCCAUCGCCAGCAUGCAGGAGCGCCGGAGCACACUGGGGGCAGCAGUGCUCAACGAUCUGCUCUAUGCGGUGGGAGGCUUUGACGGCAGCACUGGCCUGGCAUCGGUGGAAGCCUACAGCUACAAGACCAACGAGUGGUUCUUUGUGGCCCCAAUGAACACACGGCGGAGCAGUGUGGGUGUGGGCGUUGUGGAGGGGAAGCUGUAUGCCGUCGGGGGUUACGAUGGGGCUUCCCGCCAGUGCCUGAGCACAGUGGAGCAGUACAAUCCGGCAACCAACGACUGGACUUAUGUGGCAGACAUGAGCACCCGCCGCAGCGGCGCAGGGGUUGGGGUGCUCAGCGGACAGCUGUAUGCCACAGGAGGCCAUGAUGGACCCCUGGUGAGGAAGAGCGUGGAGGUUUAUGACCCUGGAACAAACACCUGGAAACAGGUGGCAGACAUGAACAUGUGCCGGCGCAAUGCAGGGAGAGUCAGAUCCGUGAGUGAUUCUCCAGUGGAGCCACUUUCUUUAUUUCCUUCUUUGUACUUCCUGUCUCUCCUUUUCUUCCCUUCCCUUCCCCUAUUCCUUCCUGUAGGAAUGCUUCACCAUGGAGUGCAUUUAUAUUUCUCACAGCCUGACACUCCUAUCAAGUGACUUUUCUUAGACCAUAGGCCUUUGGGUCAUGUCCGGUGUUGUAUAUUUUGCUUUGUGCCUCCUUGUUCUGGGAAAGUGUUGGAUUAUCCCACCUUCCCAGGCUGAAAUGCAAACAGGUGACUUUCAGGCAGUUUAUUUCCUUUAUUCUCAUAAAUUCUGUUUGCUAAACCUAUUUGUGGCUGAGUUGUUGGAGGUGUAAACAGAGGGGGAAUAUACUAAUUUACUCAUUGCUUAAAACUGUUGUAAUAAAACUUGGCAUUUGGCCUUAGACCACAUGAGCAAGGAAUUACAGCUAGCCUAUCGGGAGCCUGAGAAUUAAGUUAAGAUGUAAAUGUGAGUACAUAUACACAUUCACACAUAGUUAUUUCUGUUAGCAAAAAUGAAAUCACACUGAAACAGAGUUAUAAUCUGCUUUUUAAAACUCACUUUGCCAUCUUUCAUCAACAUCUUAUUAUAACAGUAAUUUACACGAUAUUUUAAUUCCUGUAUCAUAAUUUAAACAACCAGUAUAUUACUAUGCACUUAGGUUAUUUCCAACUUUUGCAUACUCUAAGCUAUGCUUUGGUCAUUAUAAAUGAUUCUUAUAGUAGAAUCAAUACACACAUUUAAAAUCUUUUCUUUAUAAUAAAACAUCAGAAGUGGAAUUUUGAGUUAUAGGGAGCACCUAAGUUUUAGAUGUCAUCCAGAAAGGUGGUCCAUUUUAUCCUCUGACUGAUAUUUGAGAGUAUCUUCAUCAACAAUAAUUAUUAUUUUUUAGAGGAGCACCACUCUAUAAAAGUGGCAACACUCCCUUAUUCUCAUUUUAUAAAAACAGAACUUAUUGGACUGUUAUCUUUUAAAGUCUGGAUGAAUACAUAUUCUUACUCUUCAGAACCAACUUCAUGAGACUUUGCCCACAAACAAGCUUCUUCUGGGAUCAGGAGGGGAGGGGAGCCUCCACCCCGUGUAAAUUUAGAUCCCUGUCCUAUGUGAGGGGUGUAGACACAGCCAUUAGUAUAUGUACCUGGGACAGAUCCAACACAGGACAGAUCCAACGCAGAGUUUACGGGGGAAAAGCCGACAAGCAGAACAUUAGUAGUGUGCACGAAUUUCCCGAAUUAUCUCAUUUCCUAGCUUGUGAGGUCUAUGUGUUUCGUGGACAACUUCUCAUAGAGCAGUAGUGUCUGUACCCACAAUCGAAUGCGGGCAGAGACGGCCCCUGUGUGAGUGACGGUGUAGUAGUGACAGUUCCCUGGUGAAGAAAUCACCCUGUUAGAAAAGGGGAUCCUUGGAGCCUGGGGGUUGUUGGCCGCAUGUUCUCCCAUUGCGCAGGCUCAGACCUGUGGAGCCAAAUCUCCAGGGUCACUGAGAAGGGAAGAAAUGAGCCUCCGAGCCAGCUGGGUACAUCAUGAUCGCUAGUGUUCUUGUGGCUUGUAUUCGACUCCCAGGUGUCUGUGCAGUGAACGGCCUCCUGUACGUGGUCGGAGGAGAUGACGGGUCCUGCAAUCUGGCUUCGGUAGAGUACUACAAUCCUGUUA